AUGGUUCUAAAAGAAAAUUUCCUCCUGCUGUUUGCAGAUGAUGAUGCUGAUGAUCUGAGGAUUGUGGUGAUGGGAAAGACAGGUGUUGGGAAGAGUGCCUCAGCAAACACCAUACUGAGAAGAGAAGCUUUUAAAUCAGUUCUGAAUUCACAAUCAGUGACCAAAGAGUGUCAGAAAGAGACAGCUGAGUUCAGCAGAAGAUGCAUAACCGUGAUCGACACUCCAGGCCUGUUCGACACUGGAGUUGAUAAUCAUGAGACCAUGAAAGAGGUUGUGAAGUGUGUCUCGAUGGCAGCACCAGGACCACAUGUGUUUCUGCUGGUGAUUUCACUGGGACGGUUCACCAAAGAGGAGAAAGAUGCAGUGAAGAUCAUCCAGGAGAGGUUUGGUGAUCAAUCCAGCAUGUACACCAUGGUGCUCUUCACCAGAGGAGUCGAUCUGAAAGGAACCAGCAUUGAAGAUUUUAUUGAAGGAAACAGAAGCUUAGAGAACCUCCUCCAUCAGUGUGGAAACAGAUACCAUGUGUUCAAUAAUGAUGAGACUAAUGAUAAGACACAGGUCUCUGAACUGCUGGAGAAGAUUGACCGCAUGGUGGCAGAAAAUGGAGGAAGUUUCUACACCAAUGAGAUGUUUCAACUGGUGGAGAAAAACAUCAGAGAAGAACAAAAGAGAAUCCUGAUGGAGAAUGAAGAUGAAAUCAAUAGAAAAAAAGAAGACAUAAGAGACAAAUAUGAAGCAGAAAAAGAGCAAAUGAAGAAGGAAACUGAGAGAAAAAGACAAGAGAUGCAAGAUGAACUGAGAAAACGCAAAGAGGAGUUUGAAAAGGAAGAGGAGGAGAUUAAGAAAGAAAAAGAUGAAAGACUACAAAAAAAGCUGCAGAAAAAACAAGAAGAACAGCAGAAACACUUUGAAGAAAAGAUGAAGAGGAUGGAGAAGGCUCUGGAAGAACAACAGAAGAACCUCAUAAAAUGCCUGGAAGAACAACAUGACAAAGAAAAGCAAAAACUUAAGGAGGAAAUAAAACGUGAAACUAGAAAGCAAGCAGAGCGGGAAUACCGUAAAAGAAUUGACAGUAUACCCUACAGAUCAAAGCGAGCUAGUGACUGGAGUUACUAUGUUCCUGUUAUUGGAGGGGCUGCUGGAUCAAUUGUUGGUUCUGCUGAAGACCUUUUCCAUUGGAUUUAUGGGUUGAUUUCUAAAACAAAAUACUCCAAAUAAAAGGGUAA